AAUGAACAUCUACAUAUUGAUUAUUGGUGGUGUCUUCAACAUUGUUGCAUAACUGGUCUAUUAGUUUUUCUAUUACGUUGGCAUUAUUUUCUACCAUGUGAUUAUAUUGAUCUAUUGCAUCGUAGUUCUAUGCAUCUUGGCAAUUGGGAAAGUUUACAUGCUCGAAGUGGUUAUACAAAUGCUAUACCAUGGUCAGCGUCUAUUGUAAGUAGUUCGUUUUUGUUUUUUUUUCAUUUAACUGAUGAUCAUGAUGAGGAGGAUGAUGAUUUUCUAAAUUGUUUAAAUUAA